UCUCCAGUGGGCGCGAAUGUUCACCGUUGUCAUGUUUUUACAUGAUUGUGAUAUCGUUAAAACCAUCAAAGUUCGUUUUAUCCGUUUUAACUUAAGUUAACGCAGGAAAGAUUAUUCAAUUUUGUAAGAAAAUGCCACCAAACGUAGCAGUUUCAAUUAUCAAACUUGGUCAACAGAAGAAGAACGACGAACUCAAGGAAAUUCUAGAGAAAUUUCCGAUCAAAGAAUUGAGUGACCUGGUAUCAGCAAACCUUAAAACUGCCGAUGGAUUUACGCUGUGGCAUUUUGUACUCGUCGGAUUGGCGUACUCGAGUAAGUCGAAAGAAAAAAGAUUCGAGGUGACUUUGGCUGUGCUAAACCAGUUGAACAAAACAGAGUUAGCUACCAAAGCAGUGUUUGACAUAGUUUCUAGGCUGGUUCUUGAUUUGCCAAAGUUCAGCGCCGAGCAAUUGGUAGAAAUUAUGGAAUAUUGCUUGGAAUCGAUCCGUGCAGGAGAUCCUAAAUGUACCGGUUGGAAGGAUCUGUUCCCUGACGUGCUAAAGCUAUUGCACGAGCAGGUUGGCAAGUUUAGUGCUAAUGGUUUUAUACUAUCUGGCAGUGAGUAUCGGAAGAAGGUGCUGGAUGAUUUGUUCAAGAUGAAGAUCCAUAAUGGAAUUAUGACAUCAUUUGCUGCAAUGUUUCGUGAGGUAUCCCUCUGUAAGGAAGAAGCAACAGUUGUGGUUCGAAAGAUUUGCGACGCAGUGCGGGGAUUUGAACCGUUGGAAAUCCCUGCCCUGUCGUUCCAGUUGUUCCACAUUUGUCUCAAAUAUUCCAGCUUGUUGGUGUUGCCGAUCUAUUCAUUGCAAAAGUAUUUCCAUAAACAUUAUUACAAAAAGGUACUACUGAGCGAUGGAGCUGAUAGCACAGAUUUUGAUAGCAUUGAACCUGUAUCUGACAAGGAAAUUCGUGAAGCGGAGGAGACCGUACUUUAUCAUUUAUCUAAUGUCACUGAGUUUCGGUUGAGCGAAGCACAGGUGGUAGCUAUGUUUAAACCAUUUCAAUGUAUGCCUGAGUUUCUGUUAACACCCUUUGUAAUUAGUGCCCUGAUUACGAUGAGUAAAAUCAACCGCACACCUGAUACUAUGAAAGUGGUUACCUCACAGGUGAUGACUUUUCUCACAAAACUGGUGGCCGAUAAUGAGAAUGAGAAAACAAUAUGCAACCGUUCGGCAUGGUGUCGCGGACGAAUCGAAUCGGGGGUUGUUCCUGACAUAGAUCGUAUUCUGGCUAUUCUGACUGAGCACAGUCAAGAGGGCCUGGAAGUUGUAACACCAGGGGUGAUUCAUUUCGGUUUUGCCCUCCUAAUUGCAAAGAAACAACCCAAACUACAUUCUAGUGCCAUAUCAUUUCUGCAAAACUUUGUUAAAAAACGUUUCAUAUUUGGGAAUGGAAUAGUUGGAAAAUUGAAGCAAUAUCUUUUUGCCGAUCUUGUGUCACUUCAGUUUUCGGAGUGUUUGAAUACCUUGAGCUUAACCAAUGCUUUAACGUUGUCCGAGUGCAAUACGUCCAUCAACUACAUUUUGGAAUAUUUGUUAAUGAUCGAUGGCGUCCACGCAAUGCGCCUUGUAACGUUCCUGUUUCCAUUAAUUCGCAUAUCACACAAAAUACGAGAUGCGUUCAUUGAAGUGCUUCGUAAAGCGAUGUAUCACAGCGAGGUCAACACACGCAUGAUGGGUGUGUUCGGAUUUUGUUCUCUGUUGAAACAGCUGAAAAACAAUAACUCCCGCCGCUCAGUUCUAGGAGGGUCCGCCGGGAAUCUUACGCAACUUUCCAUAUCUGGAAUGUCCUUAUUAUCACAGUCCACUUUGGGCCGUUCAGACAACCCUGAUAUGCAUUUUGAUAUGUUAACUUUGGAAAUUCUAGGAAUUCUUAGAAGAUGCUUCACGCAAACAAUUGACAUUCGAGAGUUGCUUUAUGAGAGUCUUGGCAGAGCGGUAGAAUUCAACAGUAAACUAUUGCCUCACGUGCUGCAAUUUGCUGAUCUGCACUUUAGCAGCUACUUCAGUGAAUCACUGGAGGGCACGUUGGUAAUUGAUUUCGAGAGAUGUGUUCGCUACAAGCAAUGUGAAGCAGCAUCGGAGGAGGAAACAAGCGAUUUACAAGUGCAACAAAUUGAAGUUUUCGAUAACGUUGGCAAACUGACUGCCCUUAUGGUACACUGUGUUACACUUUGUGAACAACACAAUGUACAACAUGACAACGAAGGUACUCACAAGAUAUUGAAAGAUGUGGUAGAGCAGGUAGAACAGAUUUCACUGGAUAGUUUAGGAAUUAUAGGAACAUUGGACCAAAAGACAUGCGUUAUCGGUUGCCACUACUUGAACACGAUCGAAGCUGCUAUGUCUUAUUGUAUUUUCAACGCAAAAAGAGACAACGGCUAUCUUCGGGAUUUACUCAAACUUUUUAAGCACCAUCAAACUAGUUACGAGAAAAUAAAGAAAAUGGAAGCAAAAAAGGGAGGUAAAAAAGCGAAUAAUGAAACCAUUCCCCCUACAGCCACAGGAGGUAUUGGAAAGGGUGUACCUUUUAAACCUGACAAUAUUUUCGAUUUAGCGACCCUGGAGCGACUCUUGAAAAUUAUUUUUGACGAAUCAACUAUAUACGGACCGGAACAUGACCUUGAAUCACUCCGAUCGAAUCGUGAGUUCACCGUAUUCGUACUUAAGGUGACGUCGGAAAAGCUAGAAGCUCUGCGUCACACACCGGAAUAUUGGCAAAUCAAGCACAGCAAACGUGUUUUCAAUCAUUUAUGCGAGUGUAGCAAAAUAGUCUAUGACUGUGUAGUCAAGAAAACCAAUGAGCUUUGCGGAAACGGCAACAUACUUGUUGCUCUUGGUGGAAGCGAGAGUUUCCGACAGGCACUACUCACAGCGCAGGGCGUGUACGAAAGAAAAUUUUCCGAGUUUCUCAGACUGAUCAGCUGUUCGUUGGGUUGCAACUUUAAAGCUGAAUUGCUCAAAAAUAUGCACGAUAUCGUCGACCGGUAUUUCGCAGAUGGGGCAGAAUCUGAGUCGUCGGGCGAAAAGACAGUGUGCAACUUAUUUUUGUGUUUGGAAAUUCUUUAUCAAUCAAAUGUAAUGGAAAUCAGCGAAAUCAAUGCAGCCUAUAAUUGGUUUCAAAAUUUUUGCGCGAAUACUAAACUAAAGUUGAAGUCUCUUGGCAUUGUGCAUAGAAUUCUGUUUGAUUUGAGACUUAAAACACAAACAGGUGCCUAUUUUGAUACAGUUUCUAUGCUCGUCGAGAGGAAGUUCGGACAGAUUGAAGCAGACGAGCUUGCUCCAAGUUUUACGUUGAAAUCGAUCAGCUCUAUAACCGUAGAACCUGCCUUACAUGCCUUGUGUAGUGUCCUAAACCAACAGCUAAAUGAUGUCGAUCAUUUCGUAUUGAGAACAAACAGCGUCCUUGGUCGACUGAAGAUUUACGGACACGGUGAAAAUGAUGAGUAUUUACAUCAAUUAAAAUCUAUCGAGCGAUCAAUGUGUUCACAACUGGUCCACAUUAUAACGGCUGCAACACAUUUAGCCAAUGCACAGCUGCCCUUGGGGUCGUGUAUGGAUGCUUUGCUGAAACUGUUGAUCAACCUCUACUGCUGUCUGACGAAUUUGACGAAGCACUUCUUGACUAGACAUCCAGUGUCAGCUGUUGCUCACGAUUCAACAAAGUUUAACUUAGUUAUCAAAUCAUCGAAGCAGCUAGCCGUUCGAAUUUACAAUUUAUUUCCGUUUAUCGAAGAAAAUAUUCUAGGUCAAUCUGAGCAAGGUGACGAAGACGAAGAGCUUGAGGAACCUUCUAAAACAAAAUCUUCUGCAAAUGCAAAGCGAAACCGGGAGAAGGUGCUUCGCCAAACCAAGCUCAUACCGAAGCUGGUGUUUCGAAUUGAAACUUUCAAUAAAUUCGUUCUACUGCUGAGCAAAAGAACGAAAAAAGAUUUAACCUAUCUUUUACACAUUGGAACAGUAAGAGAUUUUCGAAUUAAAGAACCUGCAUUGGUGGAAGCCAUCAAAAAGGCAUGCGACGGUAGACAAGAUGAGACAAAUCCGGAGUUUGGUGAUUUAGCUGGUCUUGAAGCCUACCAGGAACAGGAUUUAGGACCAUUACCUAGGCCAACUUCGUCUUCAAACAUGGAUGCUGUUGUCAGUACACUUUCUUUACCUGACGAAAGUCAGCUGGAUCAGCAGGAAUCGAACACUGACCUGUCUGAUAUAGGGAACGAAAAUAUGCUAUUGAAGAACUUGGCAUUGUUGAACGAAAAGAGCAAGCGCCGAUCUAGGAAAAAACGUUCCAGUGCGGAUGAAAGAGAGGUGGAAAAUAUUGCUAUCGAGCAAGCCAAAAAAAGGAAGGUGGUCAGAAAAAAGGCCAUAUCGGUUAUUAAUAAAACGGCUUUGGAAACGGCGAAUAAACCAGCUGCGGCUGCAGCAGUAGUUUUACCCGCUAGAACAUUGGGUCCAGGCCGACGGGCUUCCAGGAGUUCUGCUAAGAAGCCGUAGCGUUCAUACUGGGUUUUGUUCGUUUUUUUUUAUUAAAUUGAAAUUUCAAUAUAAA